AAGAUGUUGCAACGACUAAUUGAAAUUUUCUCCAAAGAUUCAACGUACAUGCUGGAGAUUUACGCGACAUGCCUGCUGUUGAGCAAGAAUCGCACGGCCUUCAUACGCCAGUUCGCCCUGUUUCCCAACUAUCCGUUGGCGUCGAUGACGCCGGAAGGGCACCAACCGGAGCGGUUGACCGAGUUCAUCAAUCUGGGCUGUCACGCGUUCGUGAUGGACCAGGACGUGAUGGAGUCGUUUCUGGAUGGGUACAUUCGCUGUCACGAUUUGGCAAUGUUCCGUAAUCCGAACAAAACGAUUAUUGUGCUGCGGGAUCCUGACUCUGCGAUGGAUCGGGCUGCCCUUUUUGACAAGUUCCAUCGCCAUCCGGCGAUGAGGGAGAUUGUGAAUUUGUUGAUUUUGCUCCCGGAGGAGGAUAGAGUGGACUUGUGGACCCAUCGAUAUGUUUCGACUUCGGAGAGGGGACGAGAGAUGAUUCUCCUGGAUAGCUACUUGUUAUCCAAUGGAACAUUUGUCUUUGGUAACCAUUUGUUCCCCAACAAACUGCUCAAUAUGGAACGGAGGACGUUCCGGUUGGCAAGCUUCCGGCUUAUUCCACAUUUCAUCGUGAAACCAACCGAUAAACCGUAUCCUUUGGCUACCUUUCACAGACUAAACGUUACAAUCGACGGAAUGGGUGGUUUGUUGAUGGCUGAAUUUUGUAUGAAGUUUAACUGCACAUGGGAUGUAUCGAUAGACCAACUUGGUGAAUGGGGAACAAUCUACGAGAAUUGGACUGGGAAUGGAAUCGUUGGGACGCUGGCCGAACGUCGUGCGGACGUUGGAAUAGGUUCGUUGCUGUCCUGGUGGACUAGCCAUCAAUAUCUGGGUUUUACAGCAGUGCUUCGCAAGGUUGGGAUUGGCUGCUUUGUUCCUCGACCUCAUUUGAUCCCCACGUGGAAAACAGUCGCUCUGGUGUUUAGUCCUACCGUCUGGAUAUGCAGCGUCCUGAGUGUGGUGUGUUGCAUUGCAAUGUACGAUCUGAUUUCCAAGUACGAUCCAUCUCCGGAGGCCGAGCACAGAAGUUUGGGCUGGAACGCGGUCAAUGUUGUGGCCAUGUUUCUGUUCAAUGGUGCCAAGAUUUUGUAUGGAUCGUUGUCAGAGUGUGUCCUAUCGAUUGCCUUGAUUGCGUUCACCAUCAAUUUUGGGAACAUAUUCAUCGGAAAGAAUGCAAGCUUGCAGGCCUUUCCGCUGUUCGAUCCGCCCAUAGAUACCAUCGAAGAUAUGGCCAAAGCGGGUAUGAUCUGGUCCCACACCCAUGAGGCGUGGGCACAUUCGGUGCGAAAAACAUCUAAUCCCUACCUGAUGAAGGUUGCCACUAACUAUCGCAUUCACCCAAUUCCCGAGCUGAACGUUCUAGCGGACCAAGGAAAGGUCGGAUUUGCCGUCAGUAAGAUGAACUACGGACACUUCAUGAUCGGUGAUUUCAUAACCGCAAAAAACGUAAUGCUCUAUCGCAUGAUGUCGGAGGAUCUCUACUUUGAUUGGGAGGUCUCCAAGGUCACCAAAACCUGGCCCCUUAAGGACCUGCUCUCGGACAUGAUACUGCGCUUCAACGACGGUGGUCUGCGCGAGUUCCAGGAGCCGGUUCAGGCCAAACGCCACAUGGACUACGGGGUGCAGAUAAAAAUCUUUCACUCGCAGGACCGCGAGGAGGUGCCACCCCACGCGAUGGGCUGCGAAGACUUGCUGGCGCCCUUCAUUGUGCUGGGGGCGGGAGUUGUGAUGGCACUGGUGGCAUUCGUUGGCGAGAUGACCUGGAGCCGGGUUGAGAGAAGGAUGCCGAAGAACUUGAAGUGGGCCGUGUUCAAGUGAGAUGUUACGUGAGCUUGGGUUUGAAUUGUGGUCGAAAAUUUGGCUUAAGCUUUUGAAGCUUACUGAAGAAAGAUUUGCUUUUUGCUUUUAGCACCUACUUUCAAAUAUAUUUGUACGCUGAUGAAAUAGAUGAUUUUUCU